GGCCAGAAACUGACCUUCAAGAUUGACGUCACAGAGCCAAAACCUGCAUUUAUAAACCAGGAAAAGGUCCAGAAGGAGGUGAAGGCUGUCCUGACAGAAAGUGCCACCCUCAGCUGUGAGGUAGCACAGGAUGCAACCGAAGUGAAAUGGUACAAGGACGGAAAACUGCUUGUUUCCUCUAGAAAAUUCAAAAUAGAAACUGUGGGCAAAACCCGGCGCCUGGUUAUAGAGCAGCUGGAGAAGAAAGACGCUGGAGAAUAUAUCUGUGAGGCUGCAGGCCAGAAACUGACCUUCAAGUUGCAGCCAACUGAACCAGAGGCUAAAUUUGAAAAGAAAGUUGUCCAGAAAGAACCUCUCAUUGUUCAAGAACAUGAAAGCAUCACCCUGGCUACUUCAGUAACGCCUGAAACUGCUGCAGUAAAGUGGUUCAAGGAUGGAACAGAAAUCAAGGCGAGCAAGAAAUAUGAGAUCAAGAGUGAGGGGGCGUCCAGGACCCUGACGGUGAACCUGGCUGAGAGCACAGACACUGCUGUGUACACUUGCCAGACAAAGAGCGACAAGCAGGAAUUCAAAGUGCAGGUGAAAGAAAUCCCAGUGAAGUUUGCCAAAAAACUUGAAGCUGUUAAUGCUGAGAUUGGAGGCAGCGUCUCUUUGACCUGUGACGUGAGCCACGCCAGAGGGAAGGUGGUGUGGCGCAGGAAUGGAGUUGAGAUCAAGCCCAGCAAGCGUUUCCAGAUUCACGAAGAAGGGGUCAAACGAACCCUGACAAUAACAGGGAUCCGGGCUGAGGAUGAGGGAGAGUACUCCUGCGAGUCCAGAGAUGACAAGAGCACCAUCACCAUCAUCCCCAAAGCUCCCAGAGUGGUGAAAUUCAUUACAAGCCUCACCAGCGUGGUCUCUGAGGAAGGAAAAGAGGCUGUGUUCAAGUGCACCGUCUCUCCCAGUGAUGCUGUGGUCACUUGGCUCAGGAAUGGCGUCAAGAUUGAAGCCAGCAAGAAGUAUGUGAUCUCGCAGAAGGACACGAACCACAGCCUCACCAUCACUGAUCUGACGCUGGAAGAUGCAGCUGAAAUCUCCGCCAAUGCUGAGGGUGUAGAAAGCAGAGCCAAUCUCAGAGUCCGAGAGGCUUCAAUCUCCUUCAAGAAGAAACUGGAGCCCAGAACAGUUGAAGAGAGGGACACAGUGACCUUGGAGGUAGAGCUGACCAAGCCUGCAGAAGUGAAGUGGAUGAGGAACAGCAUCGUGUUAAAACCCAGUGAAAAAGUAGAGAUUAAAGCUGAGGGAACAAAGCACACCUUGGUGGUUAAGGACAUCUCCUUUGCAGACAGGGGCUUCUACUGCUGUGAGAGUCCUGAUGACAAAACCCAAGCCAAGAUCAACGUGGAAAUGAGGCAGAUCAAGCUGGUGAAAGGUCUUCAGGCCCUCGAAGUCUCGGAGAAAGGGACCGUCACCUUCGAGGUGGAGGUGUCGCAUGAGGACGUGGAAGGGAUCUGGCAGAAGGAUGGUGUUCGGCUGAAGCCGUCACCGAAGAUCAGUAUCGGCGUCGUGGGAAAGAAACAUUCACUGACUCUUUCUUUGGUGACUCUUGAAGAUGCAGGACUCAUCUCCUUCAAAGCAGAUGGCAUUCAUUCGUCAGGGAAGCUCACUGUGACAGAACUGCCUGCGAAAAUUAGCAAACCUUUGGUAGACGUCAGUGCAACUCAGAAGGACAAGGUCACAUUCGAGUGUGAGCUGUCCAAGCCCAACGUGGAUGUUAAGUGGUUCAAGGAUGGGAAGGAGCUCCGGCAAAAUAAAAAGGUGGGGAUUAUUUCUCAGGGAAAUAAGAGAAGCCUCAUUAUUCACAAGUGUGAAUAUGAAGACCAGGGAACCUAUACAUGUGAAGCAGCUGAAGACAAGACAUCAGCUACCCUAAAGGUUCACGGAAAGACCUACUCGCUGACUUACACGCGCGUCCAAGUUGAAGAUGCAGCAGAGAUCAAAUUUGUGGCAGAAAAGGCAGAAUCUCGUGCCCAGCUUACUGUAAAAGAGCUGCCUGUAAAAAUUGUGAAGCCUUUGCGAGAUAAGAUUGCUCUUGAAAAACAUCGUGGAUUCCUGGAGUGCCAGGUGUCUCGUGCCAAUGCUGAAGUUAAGUGGUACAAAAAGGAUGUCGAAAUUCACCCUAGUGACAAAUAUGAAAUUGUAAGCGACGGUGUCUAUCGCAAACUCAUCAUCAACGAUGCAGAUUAUGAAGAUGAAGACACGUACACUUGUGACGCCUUUGAUGACAAAAGCAGUGCUAAUUUCUUUGUUGAAGAGCAAUCCAUUAAUAUUGUAAAGAAGUUGUGUGAUGAAGAUGUGACUGAGCCUGAGGAAGCCAAGUUUGAAUGUGAGAUAUCCAUUCCAUCCGUGAAACCCCCCAAAUGGUCUCUACGCGGCGAAGUCUUACAGGCUGGCAGAAACAUUAUCAUGCAUCAAGAAGGCACCAUCCACAGGCUGACAAUACUGAAAACCAGUGCUGAUAUGACAGGCACCAUUCAAUUCUCCAUUGGCAAAUCGAAAUCCACAGCAAAUCUGCUUGUCAGAGAUUACCACAUUCAGAUCACCAGGAAGAUGGAGGACAAGACAGCUCUGGAGCGCCAUUCAGUCAUCCUGUCCUGCGACUUCAAGCCUUCUCCAAAGGUUGUGAAGUGGUUCAAGGGCCACACACCUAUUGAGCCCUCUGAGAAGUACAAAAUCAAGCGGGAGCAGCAUUCGGCAGAGCUCAAGAUUUUGAAGGUGAAGCCCGAAGAUGCCGGCGUGUACAAGUGCAGGGCUGGAAAUGCAGAGACCGAAGCCACGCUGACUGUUGAAGCCCGCAACGUAGAAGUACUCAAACACCUGCAGGAUGUGGAAAUAGAAGAAGAGAGUUCUGCUGUCUUCUCCUGUGAGCUGUCGCAUGACGAUGAGGACGUGGAAUGGUUCCUCAACGGCACCCUCCUUUACACCAACAAUUUCAAUGACAUCAGGAACGUGGGCAAUUGCUACACGCUGACGAUGAAGCAGGUCAAGCCUGAGGAUGCUGGCACAGUGACAAUGAAGUCAGACAAGGUGUCAGAGACUGUGCGUCUGAAGGUGAUAGAGAAGCCUGCUGUCUUCAUGAAGUCCUUGGACGAUGUUUUUGGUGAGGAGCGGGGUGUGAUUAAACUAGAAUGUGAAGUCUCCAAAGAGAAGGUCAAACCUGUUUGGAAAAAGGAUGGUGUGAAGCUCACUUCUGGUAACAAGUACGAGCAGAUACAGUCUGGGAAGACCCUGUGCCUCCUCAUCCGUGACCUUGAAAAGGCAGACUCAGGUUUAUACACCUGUGAUAUUGGCACUGAUGUUGCCAAGUCAAAGGUCAGCGUUCAGGAAUUGAACAUAGGCAUCACCAAACGGCUGAAGAACACUGAAAUCCAGGAGGGAGAAGAUUGCACUUUUGAGUGUAUUUUGUCCCAUGAAAGUAUUGACGACUUCAGUUGGACGCUGAAUGGGAGCAAAGUGGAAAGUGGUGGGCGAUUUAAAGCCUCUAACGUGGGUCGGAAAUACACGUUCAGUAUCAAAAGCGUGAUUCCUGGUGAUGCUGGGGAAGUCAUUUUCACUGCCCGUGGUCUAACCUCCAAGGCUUCUCUGGUUGUGAAAGAAAAACCUACUGAGGUUAUAAAGCAGCUGGAGGAUAAAACCUCAGCAGCGGGGCAGGACAUCAGCCUGAGCUGUGAAUUGUCAAAACCUGAUGUGAGCAUCAGGUGGUACAAGGAUGGCAAAGCGAUCCGAAAAAGCCAGAAAUAUGACUUGCACCAGGAGGGAACACGGGCCAUUCUGAUCAUCCAUGACUCCACGGUCAAGGACAGUGGGGAGUACACCUGUGAGACAGAGGUCUCUAAAACAAAAGCCAGGAUCACAGUACAAGAAAAACCUAAUUAUUUUGUCAAGGAACUCUCAGAUCUGAAAGUGGAUGAAAGCGGAACUGCAGUUUUUGUGUGCCAGAGCGAGAAAGCUGCCUCCUCUGUGAUCUGGAGGAAAGGCAUAGCUGAACUCAGGGCUGGCAGGAAAUAUGAGAUCACACAGAAAGCACAAGUCCUCCAGCUGACCAUAAAGAACUUGGAGAAGAGUGACAGUGACACUUACACCUGCGACAUUGGUGAUGCCCAGUCCAGAGCCAAACUAGUCGUGCAAGGCCAGAAAGUGCUAAUAACAGAAGACCUGGAAGAUGUCACUGUGUUAGAAGGAGAAUCUGCCAUGUUCAAAUGCAGAAUCUCUCCUGUAGACUAUAGCAAAGUGCAGUGGUUUUUGGAUAAAACCCCACUCCAUACCAAUGAACUUAAUGAGAUCCAGUCUCAGCCUGGUGGAUAUCACUUGCUAACGUUGAAAAAACUCUCACUGAAGGACUCGGGGGUCAUUGCAUUUGAAGCUGGUGAUAAGAAAACAUCUGCCAGUUUGGUUGUUAAAGAGAAGCCCUGCAUCUUCACAAAGGAGCUGGUUGAUACUGAAGUCACUGAGGGAGAGGAUGUGAUCCUUCACUGUGAAACCUCCAAAUCAGACAGCCCUGUAAAGUGGUGCAAAGACGGGAAGAGCCUUAGGAAUUCUUCCAAGUAUAACAUCAGCCGGUCGGGAUUUGAAGCCAAGCUUGUCAUUCACAGGGCAGAAGAAAGAGACAGUGGCAGAUAUGAGUGUGAGGCUGGAGCCGCUAAAAGUAGUGCGGUUAUUACUGUCAAGGCUGUGCCUGUCCUCUUUAAACAAGCCCUGGAGAACACGGAAAUGGAAGAGGGGAAAUCUGUCUCCUUGCGCUGCGAACUCACAAAAGCUGAUGCCACCGUGGUGUGGAAGAAGGGAGAAGCCGCACUCCAGGCAAGUGCCAAAUAUGAAAUGAAGCAGAAGGGGACAGUGGCAGAGCUGGUGAUUCAUAAUGCAGAGCCAGAAGAUGCAGGAAGAUACACCUGUGACGCUGGAGACCAGCAGACCACAGCCCAAGUCAAAAUCCAUGCCGCCUCUGCGCUCAUCAAAGAAGAGCUGAAGAGCGUGGAAGCUGUGGAAGGUGGGACUGCCACCCUGCGAUGCCAGCUGAGCAGAGAGGCCCCCGUGGAGUGGAGGAAGGGGCACACUCUUCUCCGGCCGAGUACCAAGUACAGGAUGAGGCAGGAGGGCACAGUGGCUGAGCUGCUGAUCCACGAUCUGGACCCAAAGGAUGCUGGAGACUACACAUGUGUAGUGGGGAACCAAAAAAACACAGCAGCCUUGUCAGUGAAUGCCUUGCCUAUCCUCUUCCAAGAAGAAAUGUUGAACAAGGAAGCUACAGAAGGGGAGGCAGUCACUUUGCACUGUAAACUGAGCAAAUCGGCCCCGGUUGAGUGGAGAAAGGGGAAUAAGGUCCUCAAGCCAAGUGAAAAAUACAAAAUAGAGCAGGAAGGUCCCUUUGCGGAGCUGAUGAUCCGGGAUUUGGAUCUGGCAGAUGCUGGUGAUUACAGCUGUGUGUGCGGAGAUCAACAGACUACGGCUGCUUUGGCAGUAAAUGCUUUGCCUGCAUUUUUCAAAGAAGGAUUGAAGAACAGAGAAGCCACAGACGGUGCAACAGCCACUCUGCACUGCGAGCUGAGCCAGGUCGGUGUCCCAGUGGAGUGGAAAAAAGGGGACAAGACACUCAAACCGAGUGAUAAGUAUAGGAUGAGACAAGAAGAUACCGCUGCAGAGCUGUUGAUCCGAGAUCUGGAGGUAGAAGAUACAGGAGAAUAUACCUGUGUGUGUGGAGAUCAGAAGACCUCAGCUGUCUUGACAGUCCAUGCUUUGCCUGCACUGUUCAAAAAAGAACUUGUCAAUAUAGAAGCCACAGAAAACGGGACGGCUGUUCUGCAGUGUGAGCUAACUAAACCCACUCCGGUGGAGUGGAGGAAAGGGCAAAAGGUGCUCAAGCCUAGUGAGAAGUACAAAAUGAGACUGAAGGAUACCAUUGCUGAGCUGACAAUCCAUAGCCUGGAGGAACAAGAUGCAGGAGAUUACACGUGUGUGUGCGGAGACAAGACAACUGCUGCAUCCCUGACAGUGCAUGCCCUUCCUCCGCGUUUUAAAAAAGAGUUGAGGAGCGUGGAAGCCACAGAAAACGGCACGGCCACUUUCUGCUGUGAACUGAACAAGCCCGCAGCUGCUGUGGAAUGGAGGAAAGGAGAGAGAGCCCUGGAGGCAAAUGACAAGUUCACCAUGAGGCACGAGGGCACAACUGCUGAGCUGGUGAUCAGUGAUUUAGAUCUGACCGAUGCUGGGGAUUACACAUGCUGUUAUGGAGAUCAGAAAACCACGGCUACACUAAAAGUGAAUGCCUUGCCUGCACACUUCAAGAAAGAGAUGAAGAACGAAGAAGCCACAGAAGGUGGAACAGCCACGCUACAGUGUGAGCUGUCUAGGGCUGCCUCUGUGGAGUGGAAAAAGAAACACAAAGUGCUCAAAUCAAGUGAAAAAUAUACUAUGAGACAGGAAGGUACUACAGCACAGCUGCUGAUCCAUGCUUUAGAAGUCAAGGAUGCUGGGGAGUAUACCUGUGUGUGUGGAGGUGAGAAGACUACUGCUGCACUGACAGUGCACGCCCUUCCUGCUCUCUUCAAAGAAGAGUUAAGAAAUGAGGAAGCCACAGAGGGGGAAGCAGUGACUCUGCGCUGUGAGCUGACCAAGACUGCUUCAGUGGAGUGGAAAAAGGGACACACAGUACUCAAACCUAGCGAGAAAUACAAAAUGAGGCAGAAGGAUGUCACUGCAGAACUGGUGAUCCAUAAUCUAACUGAGAAUGAUGCUGGUGAUUACACCUGUGUGUGUGGGGAUAAGCAGACCACAGCUUCCUUAGCAGUACAUGCACUGCCUGCACGCAUCAAGGAGAGCCUGAAGGACGAGGAGGUAACCGAAGGUCAAGCAGCCACUCUGCGCUGUGAGCUGACCAAGGUUGCUCAAGUAGAGUGGAGAAAAGGAAGCAGUUUGCUCAAAGUCAGCGACAAAUACAAAAUGAGACAGGAGGGCACGGUCAUGAAGCUGCUUAUCCAUGACGUAGAGUUGAAAGAUGCUGGAGAAUACACUUGUGUGUGUGGAGGACAGGAGACAACAGCUGCCUUGAUAGUACACGCCCUGCCCGCGCUUUUCAAAGAAGAACUGAAGGACCUGCAAGCCAUGGAAAGCCAGACAGCCACUCUGCGCUGUGAGCUGACCAAGGCUGCAACUGUGUCAUGGAAGAAAGGAAACAAACUACUCAGGGCAAGUGAAAAAUACAUCAUGCGGCAGGAUAAUUCCCUUGCCGAGAUGGAAAUUUGUGAUCUAGAUCUUCAGGAUGCGGGAGAUUACACCUGUGUGUGUGGAGACCAGCACACCACAGCUUCUCUGACAGUGAAUGCCCUGCCGGUGGUUUUCAAGGAAGAACUGAAGAAUGAAGAAGUCCUAGAAGGUGCAUCUGUCUCUCUGCGCUGUGAAUUAAGCAAAGCAGCUCCAGUGCAGUGGAAAAUGGGGUCCAAAGUGCUCAAAGCAAGUGACAAAUAUCAAAUGAGACAGCCUGGCACCACUGCAGAGCUAGUCAUUCAUGACCUAGAAGUAAAAGAUGCUGGAGAUUACACCUGUGUGUGUGGCGACCAGAAGACAACAGCAACCUUAACAGUUCAUGCUCUGCCACCACUCUUUAAAGAAGAGCUGAAGAACAAGGAAGCAGCAGAAGGUGGAGAAGUCAUCCUGCACUGUGAGCUCACCAAGGCUGCUCUGGUGGAGUGGCGGAAGGACCAGAGGAUUCUCAAAGCAAGUGAGAAAUACAGAAUGAGGCAGGAAGGGACGAAGGCAGAGCUGGUGAUUCAUGAAAUAGCUGAGGAGGAUGCAGGAGACUACACCUGUGUGUGUGGAGAGCACCAGACUACAGCCGUCUUAACAGUACAGGCUGUGCCUCCAUUUUUCCAAGAAGAAAUGUCCAGCAAGGAAGCGGUAGAAGGUGGAACGGCCACUUUGCACUGUGAGCUCAGCAAGCCAUCUGCCCGUGUUCAGUGGAAGAAGGACCAUCACAUCCUCACCUCGGACAACAAGUACAGCAUGAGACAGGAAGGCUGUGCUGUGGAGCUGGUAGUUCACGAUUUAGACUUGAAUGAUACUGGAGAUUAUACCUGUGUGUGUGGAGACAAGACCACCACAGCUACCUUAACAGUGCAUGCACUGCCUCCAGAAUUCAAAAAAGACCUGAAGGACUUGGAAGCCGUAGAAAGUGGGACAGCUGCUCUGCACUGCGAGCUGACCAAACCUGCUGCGGUGGAGUGGAAGAAAGGGCAGGAGGUGCUCAAAGCAAGCAGCAAAUACAAAAUGAGCCAAGAUGGUGCUGUUGCAAAGCUGAUUAUCCAUGAGCUGGAAGUGGAGGACACUGGAGAUUACACCUGUGUGUGCGGGGAUCAGCAGACAACUGCCACUUUGACAGUCAAUGCCCUACCAGCGCUUUUUAAACAAGAGCUUCAGAAUACCGAGGCAGAAGAAGGUGGUACAGCAACACUGAGGUGUGAGCUUACCAAACCCAAGGCUCCAGUAGAGUGGAGGAAAGGAGAUAUUACUCUCUACCCUGGUUUGAAAUAUGAGAUGAAGCAGCAGGGCUCCACUGCUGAACUGGUCAUUUAUGACUUAGAACUGGAUGAUUCAGGAAGGUACAUCUGCGACUCUGGACAUCAGCAGACAGCGGCUGUGGUAACCGUACACGCACUGCCUGUCACAUUUAAGCAACCCCUACAAAAUAAGGAGUCAGAAGAAGGAAGUACAGCAACAUUCUGCUGUGAGCUGUCAAAACCCAAUGCUGCAGUGGAAUGGAGGAAAGGAGGAGCAGGGCUGCAGCCCAGCCAGAAGUAUGAAAUGAGGCAGAGGGAAUGCCUGGUAGAGCUGUUAAUACAUAAUCUCAAAUUAGAAGAUACAGGAGAAUACAGCUGUGAUACUGGCGAUCAGGAAACUAAGGCGUAUUUAAAUGUGAAAGCUCUGCCAGUCCUUUUCAAAAAGGAGCUCAAAGACAAAGAGGCAGAAGAAGGAGCUGCAGUGAAAUUCCAGUGUGAGCUGACAAAGGAUAAUGCAACGGUGGAGUGGAGGAAAGGCACCAUGGAGCUCUUUCCAUGUGCCAAAUACGACAUGAAAUUAAGUGGUCGCACAGCUGAACUUGUGAUUCAUAAUGUAGAACCAGAAGAUGCCUCUGAUUACACAUGUGAUACAGGAGACCAGCAGAGCACAGCAGUCCUCAGAGUGAAUGCCAUCAAACCCCGGCUGAAGCAGCAGCUGAAGAAUGAAGAGGUGGAAGUGGGAGGAACAGCCAGGCUGCGCUGUGAGAUUUCCAUUAGCAAAGCAGAAGUGGAGUGGAGGAAAGACGGGGUCGUCCUUCACUCAAGCUCCAAGUACGAAAUGCGGCAGGACGGCACCCUCCGCGAGCUGCGUGUUCACCACCUGGAGCCUAGUGAUGCUGGGGAGUAUUCCUGCAAGGCUGGAGAUGAGACAAGCUCUGCAAAACUGACCGUGAAAGAGCCUGAUGUGACUAUCGUGAGUGGCCUAAAGGACAUGGCGGUGUUUGAAGGGGACGAUGUCACGUUUCGGUGCCAGGUUUCUCAUGAAAAUGCCAGGGACGUUGAAUGGAAGCUACAGGAUGUUGCUCUGCAAAAUAAUGAAAUGAAUGAGAUCUCAGUGGAAAAAGGGAAGAUUCACACCCUGACAUUAAGGAAGGUGACUGAGCAGGACAUUGGCACCAUUGCUUUCCGAGUAGGACCGCACACGUCAACAGCAGAGCUCACGGUAAAAGAACCAGCAGCAACCAUAGUGGAGACGCUGAAGGACGUCACUUCGUACGAAGGAGAAGACGCAGUGUUUGAAUGCAGGCUGUCCCAGGAAACAACUCAGGAUGCCCAGUGGUUCCUGGGGGAUGUUCCCCUGCAAUCCAAUGAAAUGAAUGAGAUCAGAGUCCAAGGGGCGCGUCACACGUUGGUCCUGAGGAAGGUGACGCUAGAAGACUGUGGGCCCAUCAGCUUCAAAGUCGGGCAGCAUGCCUCAGCAGCACAGCUGACGGUCCAAGCCAAGAACAGCAUUGUCCAGGGCUUGGAGAAUGUGGAAGCUGUGGAAGGAGGAGAAGCCCUGUUUGAAUGCUAUCUUUCCAAGCCUGAGUGCUACAAUUACAACUGGCUGAUCGACGAUGAACCUGCCAAAACUACAGAAAACACUGAGAUGGUUUACUUUGAAAAUGGACGCAGGCAUCUUCUGCUGCUGAAGAACCUGACUCCCCAGGACAGCUGCAGGGUGACUUUUACAUGCAGCGAUGCGGUGACCUCAGCCUUCCUGACGGUGAAAGGAUGGCGCCUACAGAUCUUGCAGCCUCUCACCGAUGUGGAAGUCUUUCCAGGAGAGAAAGCUACGUUCACCUGUGUUCUAAGUGAAGCUGUGCCAAUUAAUGAAGUUGCCUGGUAUAGUAACGACAUAGAGAUCCAGUCAGAUGAGGACUGGGAGGUACAAGCAGAUGGAAACAAAUACAAACUUACUCUGAAAAAAGCCCAACCACAUCAUUCUGGAGAGGUGACCUUUGCUUCCAGAGAAGCGAUUGCAUCAGCCAAGUUAUCUGUGAUAGCCCACCCCGAUCCACCCGAAGAACCAGAAGUUUUAAGUAAGAACAGUCACUCUGUAACUCUGUCUUGGUACAAGCCGUUGAGCGACGGCGGUUGUGACAUCCUAGGCUACAACGUGGAGAAGAAAAUCCCAGGUAUUGGCUGGCAGUCCUGCAGCAAGGGCGUUAUUCAAAACACGGAGUUUAUGGUGGACGAUCUCACCCCAGGUGAACCCUACAGAUUCCGUGUCUCGGCUAUAAACAAAGUUGGGGCCAGCGAGCCGGUGCAUUUCCCUCAGGCGGUGCGUCUAGAGCCUCCAGUUACAGUCACCCAUCCUUUGGUGGGAGGAUCAGUCUCGGAAGGGGAGGUGGCUCGGUUGGAGUGCAAAUUAUCAAGUGAAACUGAAGAGAGAGUGACAUGGUUCAAAGGAAAAGAACAAAUACAAGCUGGAGGGAGAUACGAGAUCCUCUCUGAUGGAAAAAAGCAGAUACUCAUUAUUCACGCAUUUAAACCUGAAGAUCAGGACACAUACACCUGCAUGGUUUCUCCAGAAGUCAAAUCUGUUGCCAGCUUGUGUCUUGAAGUUCCCACAGUGGCAAUGCUAAAAGAUAUUGCCAGGGAAACACCCCCUGCAAGCCAAGCAGAAGAGGUGGUGGAUGGCCAUGUCCAGCCCAGCUUGCCCCCUGAGGCUGCUCAGGAGGGAGAUCUUCACCUCCUGUGGGAAGCUCUGGCCAAGAAACGCCGGAUGAGCCGGGAGCCCACCUUGGAUUCCAUCAGUGAGGUGCCUGAAGAGGACGAGAAGCUUCAGAAGUUGAGGAAGGAGGAAGCGGAGAUGUCUCACUAUUACUCAGAGGAGUACUCCACGUGUGAUGAGCUGGCUAGGACAGGAGAAGCAGAUUUCUCUUUCACAAGCUCAGAUGAUGAGUCUAGAGCUGGGACUCCUUCACUGGUGAACUACCUCAAGAAAGCUGAGAAGAAAAGUGUCAGUGUUACUAGCAAGGUUCAAUCCAUUUCCACAGACAAGUUAUGGAAACAGUGGGAGAAAUCCAGUGAGGAGACUGUGGCAGCUGCCCCAGCUGCUAAGCCAACUGAACCAGAAAUGCCGGAUUUAGAUGAUCCUUCCAUGAACAAGGCUGCUGUGAAGAUCCAAGCUGCUUUCAAAGGCUACAAAGUCAGGAAAGAGAUCAAGCAACAAGAGUGCCCAGUGUUUACUGAGACCUUCAAAGAUUUCUCUGGUGAGCCUGGAAGCACUCUCCACCUUGAGUGUGUGGCCCACAGCAAAACUGACAUGAAAGUCCGUUGGCUGAAAGACGGGGAAGAGCUUUCAGACGGUCGCUACUAUCACAUAGACAACUACAGUGAUGGGACCUGCUCUUUGAUUAUCACUGGCCUGGACAGGAAAGAUGCGGGUAAAUACACCUGUGAGGCAUCCAACAAAUUUGGCAAGGUUUCACACAGUGCUAAGGUGGUUAAACAAAGCACUGACAGUGAGACAGAGAGCUCAUCUGGCAGUGAGCUGGAUGAUGCUUUCCGUAAAGCAGGAAGACGACUUCAUAGACUCUUCAAGGCCAAGAUCUCAACAGAGAUAUCUGAUGUGGAGGAAGAGCUCUUUGUCAGUGCAGAUGAAGGGGACAUAGAGGUGGUUGACCAUCAGACAUACCGUGAGGAUGAGCAGUACAUCUACAUCAAGUUUGAAAUCUUGUCUGAGGCAAAAAGUGCCGCCACUCGAUUCAGGGAGAUGUUUGGUGCUCUCGGAAUUCCCGUGGAGAUUGACAUUUUGGAACAGGGCCCUAAAAAAAUUGAAUUGCGUAUUGGGAAAGCAACACCAGUCACCCAUGGGAAGUUUGCACCACCAGUAGUGAGACCUCCACCGCCUUUGCUGACUUCUGAUACAGCUCCCAUGUUCAUCACUGAACUCCAAAACCAAGAGGUACAAGAUGGAUAUCCAGUCAGCUUUGACUGCAUUGUCGUUGGCAAACCGCUCCCCACUGUUCGCUGGUUUAAGGAUGGGAAAGCUAUCGAAGAAAACGAUCAUUACAUGAUCAAUGAGGACCAGGAAGGGUGCCAUCAGCUGAUCAUCACAGCUGUGGUCCCCACUGACAUGGGUGUUUACCGUUGCCUAGCUGAAAACAACAUGGGAGUUGCUUCAACCAAGGCUGAGCUUCGAGUGGACUUGACCAGCACCGACUAUGAGACAGCAGCAGAUGCAACAGAGACAUCUUCUUACUACAGUGCCAAAGAGUAUAUUUCAAGCCGAGAACAGGAGGAAUCUACCACUGAGGAGGAGCAAUUGCCCCAGAUCUUCGAUGAGCUUCAUGACAUCCAUGUGGCACCUGGAGCAUCGCUGGCUAAAUUUCACCUGAAGGUGAAAGGGUACCCGCAGCCUCGUCUCUAUUGGUUCAAGAAUGGACAGCCAUUAAAGGCCUCGGAUCGCAUCCUGAAGACCCAUAAGCAGGAAUUCCACUCGCUGGAAAUUCGUGACGUCACUAAGGCAGAUGCUGGCCAGUACUCAAUAUUCGUCAUCAACUCUGGUGGUUCUGCAUAUUCAUCAGCCAGGCUGGUAGUCAAAGAUCCUAAUGAGAAAGAAGAGCCAUCAGAAACAGAUUCCUAUGAGCAGCUGAUACCACCAAGAUUCCUAGAAAGAUUUACUAAUAAAAAGGUGAAAAAAGGUGCAAGCAUCACAUUAUCUGUAAAAGUUGAAGGACAUCCACCACCAACUAUUACUUGGCUGAAAGAAGAAUCUCGGGAAGACAUCCUGUGGAUCAAACCAGACACUCCUGGGUACAAACUUGCCAGUUCAAAUAUGCAUCACAGUCUAAUCCUGUUGGACGUUAAAAAGAAGUACAGUGGAGCUUAUACAUGCAUUGCUACCAACAAGGCUGGCCAGUCCCUCUGCACCGCCACCCUGGAAGUUGCAGAUGUGAAAGAGGCUGAAGUUCUGACCCAGGAGCGCGUGAUGGUGUCAGAAGCCAUCAUGACCACACUGGGAGAUAUUCAUCCCUCUGAAACAAGAGAAGGAGACCUUGAAGCUGGUAGAGAAGGUGUACCUAAAAGCCCUAUUUCAUUAGCUGAUGUUGGCUCAGAAGAGUUCUUCCAGAAACUCACCUCCCGUAUCUCAGAAAUGGUAUCUGCAAAAAUAAAUCAGGCUACUCUUCGAGUGCCAGGUGCAGAAAGUGACGAUGAAUCAAAAACUCCCUCUGCAUCUCCUCGCCAUGGACGAUCCCGACCUUCAUCCAUUGCUCAGGAGUCCUCCUCUGAAUCUGAAGAUGGGGAUUCCAGAGGAGAGAUCUUUGAUGUCUACAUGGUCACAGCUGACUACAUGCCUGCUGCUCCUGACAAGGAGACCAUCACUUUGAAGGAAGGCCAAUAUGUGGAAGUCCUUGAUUCAGCUCAUCCUCUGAAAUGGCUGGUCAGGACUAAACCCACAAAAUCUAGCCCCUCUCGACAGGGUUGGGUAUCUCCAGCUUAUCUGGACAAGAAAUUAAAGUUGUCACCAGAGUGGGGAACAACAGAAGCUCCUGAGUUCCCUGGAGAGUUUGUUUCUGAAGAUGAAUAUAAAAGGAAGCUAAGUGUUCUUAUUCAAGAGCUGUUGAUCUCAGAAGAGGAUUACAUUCAGGAUUUACAGUUCCUCCAGACUCAUCAUCUUAAGUUCACUGAGACCUGUCCCAAUGUCCCGGGAGCUGUUGCCAGUCAGAAAUCCACCAUCUUCAGGAAUAUUGAUGACAUUGCUCGCUUCCAUUCCAGUGUCUUCCUCCGAGGCCUGCAGAACAGUGACACUGAUGAUGACGUGGCCAUGUGCUUUAUCAAGCACGAGGCAGAGUUUAAUAAGUACAUCCAGUACCUGGUGGGGCGGGUACAAGCUGAGUCGAUUGUUGUCAGCAAAGCUGUCCAGGAUUUCUACAAGAGGUACACAGAUGAAAUUUUAAUUAAUGAAGAUCCUUCACAGCCACUUAUCCCACCACUGCAGCACUACCUGGAAAAACCCAUAAACAGGAUCCAGCAGUACCAGACUAUAAUCAAGGAAUUAAUCCGAAACAAAGCAAGGAAUAGCCAAAACUGCACUUUGUUGGAGCAGGCUUAUGCCAUUGUGUCUGCACUCACCCGAAGAGCAGAAAACAACCUCCAUGUCUCACUCAUUGAGAAUUACCCAGGGACCUUGGAAAGCCUUGGUGAACCCAUCCGACAGGGCCACUUCAUUGUGUGGGAAGGAGCUCCAGGAGCUAGAAUGGCAUGGAAAGGACACAAAAGACAUGUCUUCCUCUUCAAAAAUUACAUUGUGAUCUGCAAACCAAAGCGAGACACAAAGACAGACACUUACAGUUACAUCUUCAGGAACAUCAUGAAGCUGAACAACAUAGAUGUGAAUGACCUUGUGGAAGGGGAUGACCGGGCGUUUGAGAUCUGGCACGAACGGGAAGACUUGGUCCGCAAGUACCUCCUUCAGGCACGUACGGUGAAUAUCAAGAACUCCUGGGUGAAGGAGAUCUGUGGCAUACAGCAGCGGAUCAGCGAGCCUGUCUGGAUACCUCCAGACUUCGAGGAAGAACUGGCGGACUGUACAGCUGAGCUGGGAGAGACAGUCAAGCUGGCUUGCAAAGUUACAGGCUCUCCCAAGCCAUCUGUCAGCUGGUACAAAG